AUGUCGAUUUCGUCUUGUCCGGUGUCGGGGUCAGUGGGGGGAGAGUGUCCAGUCGGUGGUGGUUCUUCGAGAUCGGGGCAGACGCGACGAGGCUGUGCGUUUUCGGCGGCGGCGCAACCUGGGGAUCUUCAUGCUGCAUUUGAUAUUCCGCGGGGGGUCGAUACAGAAGAAUGGCUUCGCGCAAGAGAACGAAAGACGAUCAACGAACUCCUCUACGCCGACUAUCCCUCCCGCGAAGAGGUCGACUCCGUCAAGAGCCAACAAGAACUCGAUGCCAUGAACGCUAGCGACCACGAUCUCCUCGCCAUCGCCCUCGGCGCACCAGCACGACAAGUUCUCCAGCGCGCCCAGGAAAUCGGUCCCCAGACAGGAUGGCGCGAUGGCUACCUCAGCGUCGAGCACGGCUUCUGCCCACCAGAUUACGAAGAACCCAUCGCUGCGCUUGCGAGAUCCCCGGGUCGUAUUUGGUCUGAUCUCUGUGAGCGCAUGCCGGGAUGUUGCGCUCGAGGAAGAGUGCGAGAAGCAGUCGCUGCGCUGCCGCUUGUUAAAGGCACGGAGGAAAACAUUCCUGAUCAAGCACUUUGGGGCGCCGUGGUAGCGCUCGGUAUGCUUUGUUCCAUUUACCGAUUUGAGGAUAAGCAUGAUGGAAAGGAUGGACUUGCUAUCACAGAAGGCGUGACAACGAAGCCGCAAUGUCCGAUGGGCGAUGAUCUUUGCGAAGAGCUCGAGGGUAUCCCUCUAUGCAUCGCUCUUCCAUACUAUCAGGUCUCGCGAAGAAUGGGAAGAACCCUGCCCCACCUCUCUUUUCCCGACCAAGCUUCCUACAACCUCAAGAUCAGAGAUGUCAAGUCCAACACCCCAUAUCUUGCGCGCUUCGACAACACUGAUCUUCGAUGGCCCAUGUUCGGCGAGAGGGCCGAGGUCGCAUUUCUGAAAGGAUGUGCCGAUACCUCUGCCUCAUUCCAACAUGGCCCCGAUGCCAUCGCCGCCUGUCAAGAACACGUCAUGACCGGCAAUAUCGAAGGUCUUCUCCACGAAAUGAUCCGCUUGAAAGAGAUUCUCGAACGAAUGCCCAACGCCUUCCACAGCAUAUCGCCCAAUCCAAACGCAGGCGACAACUACGUAUCGGCCGACAAAUGGGUUCGAUGGGGACUCUUCUCAUCGCCCUUGUCUAGGCGGGUCCCCGCUGCUUCGGGUCUGCAGUUCCCUCCGUAUUUGGUGAUGGAUGCCUUCUUGGGCCGAAAGACACACGCAUCCUUCCUUGGCGUCGAAGCCCUCCAUCUUCGAGCAUGGCUCCCCUCCAACCACCGCGCCUUCAUCGCCGCAAUCCAAUAUCACUACUCCAUCCCCGAAUUUGUCCAACGGUCCGGUGACCCACGUCUAAUGGGUGUUCUAGAGGGCAUCGUCGAAGCCUACGCUGGCGAGCGCGGUUUCAUGGGCGUCCAUCGCUACAAAGUCUUUGGUAUCCUCGAAGUCGCAGCCAAGACAGGACGAACAGCCACCAACGGUCUUUCUGGUGCGGCAGAUGCGACAAGGCCUUGGGAGGAAACACAUCGUCAGUUCUCAGAUGCUAUGAAGGAGCGUCUUGAGCCUUUCCGGGGCAAGCUUGCCAUGGAACCGCAUUCGAUGAGGGGGACUUUUGAGGAGUGUCGGUAUAUGGCUAAGAUCGCGAGCUGCUCUUCCAUUGAUCAGGAUGCAAGCCGGUCAACUGCCAUGGUCACCCUGGAUAUCCGGGAUACCGGUAUCACUUUUGCGCCUGGAGAUCGUGUGGCUGUCAUGCCUCUCAACAGUUGGGAGGAGUGCGCCAAGAUGGUUGCUGCUCUGGGCCUCGAUCAACACGUUAGGGAACCAGUCGACACUACAGGGACUUGGUCGCGAUUUGAACACCACCUCUCUACAGUUACGAGAACCGCACACAGACAACUCACCGUCAUCGAUAUCCUCCGUCGAGGUCACCUCGCUCCAAUCACGAAGGAGCUUACCGUGAAAGUCCAUGAGCUCCUUCACGCUUCGUCCAACACUGUGCUCCAAGUUCUCGCUACAGAGGAGUGGCCCGUCCGUGGAUCCUUGGGCGAUCUUCUUCAAAAGGCCGUUCUCGAUACACCAAGCCAUAUUUGGAACAGGGCUUUCAAUCUCCAAGACCUCAGCUGGUUGUCCGACCUCGUUCAGCUUGAAGUCCCCCGGACAUACUCAAUCUCUAGUCACAGCAACGACCUGCUCCCUGGCACCGUCGACCUUACGAUCUCCCGCGCCGAGUACGAGCUCUCACCUAUAUUCUCGCAUGGACAGACUGUCACAAGAGCCGGUGUCGCAAGUGGCUUCUUCAACCCUCGUCCCUUAUCCCCAGAGAAUAGCCUCUUGUACGAAGUCCUGAUCGGAGUUUCUCGACCGGUCGCCUUCCAACUUCCCAUCGAUAAAAUGGUUCCCUGCGCUUUCUUUGCCGGAGGUAGUGGCAUCGCUCCCUUCCGCAGCUUCUGGCAACAUCGGCUAGCGACAUCAGGCCUGUCAGGUGGGCGCAACCUUCUGUACCUAGGAGUCCAAUCUCGUGAGAAGUUCUGCUACGAGGCUGAGCUGCGGGAGCUUGUCAACAUGGGCUUCAUGGAGGUCCAUCUGGCAUUUUCCAGGGAUCGUCAUGGUUUGGCAUAUGAUAGUGCCGCUCGGGAUCUUGUAGAGAAGCCGACACCUCCUCGAUACAUCGACAGCCUCAUCGUCGAGCAGGGCAACACGAUCUGCGACAUGGUCAUGUCAAAGAAGCAGGGUGGUUUGGGUGGUCACUUGUACGUUUGUGGCUCGGUGUCUGUCUUUGACUCGGUCAUGAGCGGUAUCCGAAAGGCAAUGUACAACUACCGCACAGCAACCAUGGAGACCGUCGAUUUGAUCAUCAACAAGGCUUUUGCAGAGCGUCGCUUCAUGCUAGACGUCUUCAUGUCUCCCAAGGCCCUCCCCUGCAAUCUUCCCACUAUCUCCCUUUCCAGCCUCGCUCUGCACACUGGCCAUCGCCAAGAGUCACGAAUGUGGAUCGCUGUUCACGGAAGUGUUUACGACGUCACCGACUUCUGUCCCAUGCACCCUGGUGGAACCCUCAUCAUCAAGUCCAAUGCAGGUGUCGACUGCACCAAGUCCUUCGAUAACCUUGCACAUACCAACAACCCCGAGGUAUCGAGUCUCCUUACUCGGUACUUCAUUGGUCAUCUGGCUCCCAAGCCCGACUAUCGUGAUAGCGACGUUUCUACACUUCAUGAUCUUUGGGCUUCGUACUUGAGGGUCACCGUUGAGACGCUUGUGGCUCAUCAGUUUGAGAUGAACGACAUCAUGGGGGAGUCAAUUGACUCUCCCUCUGCGUAUGAUCCCAACGGUAUCAGCAACAUCUGGCUCCGCGAAGGUCUUCCAAACACGAUCGCCAUUCGAACCUUCUAUGAUUACCAGAAUCGCUUGCUACAAGGUGGCUUCGCUGCUCUGUUUGGAUCCAAGUUGGAAGAACUGGUCCUUCGCCUCUCGUUCAACUUCGCCAACUCCGGGGGACCAGGUGCCGCUUCCAAACUACCAGACAUUCUGGGUACCAUCGCCCGCGCCAAGUCUGGUAGUGACGCAGUCCGUAGCGCGAAAGAGAUCAGUGCUCUUGGGGAUUUCGUUUGCGACCCGUCUUCCGAGCUGCGCUUCCAAGAGCGAGGAGUCCUCGAUUUCACAGCGAAAUGCGUACACCUUGAUAUUGAGCUCUUGGAAGAUCUUCGACAAGAGGCCUGCAACGGCAUGGACGCUUUCGAGAGCAUCGCGACUGUCCUCGAUUCUUUCGAUGGGUCGAACUCGGACUCUACACCAGUGGCUGCCUUGUCGUCGUUCCUUUUGCAAACACUCGAGAGGAUGGCACAUCGACUGGCCAUGUUUUACACUCAGUUGGCACGUCUCUCUGUGUAUCAACCUGAGCUCGAGCAUAAUCCAGCCCGGACCCGAUGGGCUUUUGUCAGGCGAUGCAUCCGUGAUGGUACCUUCUUUGUCAUGACCCGAUCGCGGAGCAGUGAGGCCCCGUUGAACGGCCAAUCUGAGUCGUACUACAUCAAUGCGAAGUCUUUGGAGAAGACAACCUUUGACGACAUCCUCUCGCAGAUCAAGCAUGUGAUCACUUCCUCGACUGUGGAGUCACCAACGACAGCCGUCCAACUAGCCACUGUCAAUGAUGUUCACCUUGAGAGAGUCAACACCCUCGGCAAGGACGGCGCAGUCGCAUCAUCUGCGUCGCGACUGAACGUGGGGGCAGUUGAGAGCAUGGGAAACUUCAUGAAGAAGAACGAAAAAGCCAUUCGCCGAUUGAGUAGUAUGCCAAAUCAACUACAGCUGGAGGAUCUUCAAAAGGCUAUCACGAUGAACGAAAAGCCAGAUCUCCAGAAAUCCGAGAGCUUAGCCACAAUGGACGCGAGCCCCAGUCGUUUCAAGCCACUAGAACUUAAGAUAGCCCUUGAGUUGGACCCUAACGCGCUGCUUGCCUGCAAGGACCAGAUGAUCACUGCACGUAUGAGAAUUAUGGGUGGUUAUGAGAUGAUGUCUUGCUCAGCUUCUCGGUUGAGUGCUCCAGUGAAGUGCACCUCAAUCAGCUCUAUCUCUUUUGAGGAAGCCAACGAAUUGGUUGUCGCCAACCCUCAACCACUCAUGGAACGGUUAAAGUCCAUCCCAGACGAUGAGAGUGUCCCAUCUUCAGCAUCGUGCACAACUACCCAAUCUCGUCGUAGCUCAUUCAGUGGUAGCUCUGUCACAGGCUCCGUCGCUGAAUCCUUCGCCCCAACGCCCCGAUCUCGACCAUAUGAGACUAGCAUGGCUUUAAAGCUCAAGCUCGAGGGCCUGAAUCGUCGGUCGCGUGGGGAGUCUGUUUCGUCCCGACAGAGCUUCAUCUCGGCUUCGAGCGCCAUAGAUCUUAGAAGGAAUAGGUCCGUGUCGAGCAACAGGAGUGCAUCGAAGAGGAUGUCUAUCGAUCCUGGCCAUUCCAGGGAACAGUCGGCUGGCAGGCUGUUGGCGUUCAAGCUGGGAGCUUUGGCGGGUGAGAGGCGGUCUUUUAUCCCACCUACAUGGUAG